GUGAAUUUCAUCCUAUUCAUCAACAUCAUCAGAAUUUUGCUGAAAAAACUGGACCCCAGGCAAAUCAACUUCAAUAACUCAUCUCAGUACAGACGUCUCUCAAGAUCAACUUUGCUUUUAAUUCCAUUGUUUGGAACCCAUUAUAUCGUCUUCAACUUUCUUCCGGAAUACACCAGCUUGGGAGUCCGCCUUUAUUUAGAGUUGUGUAUUGGAUCUUUUCAGGGGUUUAUUGUAGCAGUCCUCUACUGUUUCCUGAACCAAGAGGUGCAAACGGAAAUUGGUCGGAGAUGGCGCGGUAAGAGAUAUGGACUCAUGCCUGUGUGGAGGAGGACAAGAUGGACUAUGCCUUCUAGUUCUGGAAUAAAAAUGACAACAUCCGUCUGCUAA